AUGUCUAGUUCUCCAAGUAGUGUCAACUCUAGUGUAGUUGCGAGUUCUAGUGUACAAACCAGCGCUAGCGUCGCUGCUAGCACUUGUUUAGCUUUACCAGCAUUUGUUCCUCCAACUUCUAUGAACCCAUAUCUGUGUGGCAGUGAGGAAAAUAAAGUGCAGCAAAGUAACUCUAUUGAAGAAAUUAGUGAGGCCACAUCAGACUCAAUAGAAGUUGAAGCGCAAUCUACUGCCUCUUUAAGUAAUACGGUUGAUACCAAAGAGGCUAGCACUGAAGGGGUGAUACCACUGAGGAGCCAAAGCCAAGAAGUUAAUGAGUCUGUUAGGAGGGUGUUGGAUACUAAUGAUGAGGUUGGCAUACAGAUGAAUAAAAAUUUCCAUGCUCUUGUGACUGAGGCGGGUGGGUUUGAGAACGUACCAUUUGGAGAAAAAGAUUGUCGUAACUAUAUUGACAAGGCACGACACUUGCGCCUUGGUAAAGAUGGUACUCAAGCGCUGUUUGAGUAUUUUAGAAGGAUGCAAUACAAGAAUGAUGGUUUUUUCAGUCUCAUGGAAUUGGACGAUGAUGAUAGACUGAAAAAUGUGUUUUGGGCGGACGCCCGUAGUAGAGGGGCCUAG